CUGCUCCUCGCUCAGUCUCUAGAGCUCCCUCCCUCCCUCCUCCAUGGCGUCGCUCCUGUCCUGUGGGCCUAAACUGGCCGCCUGUGGCAUCGUCCUCAGUGCCUGGGGAGUGACCAUGUUGAUAAUGCUAGGGGUAUUUUUCAAUGUCCACUCUGCCGUGUUAAUUGAGGACGUUCCCUUCACAGAGAAAGAUUUUGAUAACGGCCCUCAGAACAUAUACAGCCUGUACGAGCAAGUCAGCUACAACUGCUUCAUCGCCUCGGGCCUUUGCCUCCUUCUCGGAGGCUUCUCCUUCUGCCAAGUUUGGCUCAAUAAGCGAAAGGAAUACACCGUGCGCUAGAGCGCACCGACUCUCCCUCCCCACCCCCCCUCCUCUAUU